GUCAUUUCUUCGUUCUGACACGCGACUCGGUUUCCCUUCUCUCGCUUCGAUGUUAUCUGCUGCAUUUUUUUUUCUCAGUACAGUUACUCAAGAAUCCAAGAGGACGUCAUGACAAGUUUAUCGCAGUUGAAUCGCUUCUCUUUUGGCAAAUCCUUCAUUUAGGAAAUUCUUCAGAGGCAUAACUGAGGUACAAUGGAGGCGGCGACCGCCGCGUCCUGGGGGACGGUAACAGGGAUCAGCGGAAUGUCGGAAACUUAUUUGUCACGCAAAGCCAUAGGUCCAAAAUAUUGGAUGUCCUAUCACAAUGGUUUAAGGAGGAGCCUUAACUUGAGGCAUUACUCAUCAGAACUUGAGAAGCGUAACAUCAUAAAUAGAUGGUUGGAAUUCAGAAAAUAUUCGCCUUAUUUAGGGAAAGAAAGAUGGAUUGCACCAUUUACUUUAUUAGCUUAUAGUGAUGAUAGUGUAGCAGUUAAUGGAACCCCACAAAAAAGUCCUGCUAGUGAUACAGAAGAUAUGAGAUUUAAGUCCGAUCAUUCUUUGCAAAGUGAAAAUCUUAGCAGUGUACUAGUGCAAGCCUUACACGACGCAGCGCGGGCUAUAGAGUUGGCCUUUCUUGAACAUACCUCAUCAUCAAAAUCCCCUUGGUUCUCGAAGACAUGGCUUGGUGUUGACAAAAGUGCUUGGAUUAAAAUACUGUCCUAUCAGGCUGCAGUCCACUCUCUAUUGCAGGCGGCAAUUGAAAUUUCAUCUCGAGGAGAUGGAAGAGAUAGAGAUAUCAAUCUUUUUGUCCACAGAAGCUUGAUCCGGCUGUGUGCUCCAUUGGAGAGUGUAAUUCAUGAGGAAUUGUCUGCCAAGCAGCCUUCAACUUCUGAAUGGUUUUGGUCACAUCAACAUCCGAUGGUUGUGACUACUUUUGUGAACAUCUUUGAAAAGGAUCCUUGCUUUACAGCAGCAACCACACUAUGCUCGACAGGAAAGACAUCCAGAUCAGGCGCUACAAAUGACCUCUCACUACUUAUGCUUGCUUUGAGCUGCCUUGCUGCUGUUACAAUGCUAGGAUCAGCGAAAAUUUCUUGUUCUCAAUUCGUGUCUAUGCUUCCUGAUGCCACUGGUAGAUUGAUGGACACGCUUCUUGAUUUUCUCCCAAUACAGAAGGCUUAUGAUUCUAUGAAAGAUAUUGGUCUACGCAGAGAAUUCCUAUCACAUUUUGCUCCUCGAGCUGCUAGUCUUAAAAUUAAAGGUGGGCGUACUGUUGAAGAAAUCUCAUUUUGGAUUAAUCUUCUUCAGAAACAACUGCAGCUGGCUAUUGGCAGGGAAAGAAUAUGGGCAAAGCUUACAACGUGUGAAAGUAUAGAGGUAUUGGAAAAGGAUUUGGCAAUUUUUGGGUUUUUUAUUGCUUUGGGCAGAAGAUCUCAGUCAUUCUUAUCAUCUAACGGCUUUACCAUGACGGAGAACCCAAUUGAAGGAAUCAUAAGGUAUCUUAUAGGGGGCAGUGUGUUAUUCUAUCCUCAGUUGUCAUCCAUAAGUUCAUAUCAGCUGUAUGUGGAAGUUGUUUGUGAAGAAUUGGAGUGGGUCCCCUUUUAUGGCAGUAACUUAUCUAACAUAAAACAGAUUCAUGAAAAUAUGGUCAAACAAGAAAGAAUUUCUCAAGAAGAAGCAAUUUCCCAUGUCUUGGAUGUGUGCUCAUAUUGGAUGACAAGCUUUAUCAAAUAUAGUUCAUGGCUUGAGAACCCAUCUAACAUUAAAGCAGCAAGAUUUCUUGCUAGAGGGCACAACAUGCUAAUUGAACAUAUGAAUGAACUAGGGGUGUUAAGCUGCAGGAACAGAAAGAAGAAGGUUGCUGUAGAACAUCAAGGUCAACAACAAACUGAGCUUUUGUCUAUUGAGAAAGAGAAGGAUACUUUUGAUAAGACCCUUGAAAGUGUUGAGGAAGCUUUGGUUCGGUUAGAGAAUUUGCUGCAAGAGCUACAUGUUUGUAGCUCAAACACUGGAAAAGAGCAUCUAAAAGCUGCUUGUUCUGAUCUUGAGAAAAUCAGGAAGCUCAAGAAAGAGACUGAAUUUCUUGAGGCUUCUUUCAGAGCUAAGGCGGAUUCGCUAGAGCAGGGGGGCACUGACGAUGAUUCACUCUCAGUUCGCCAGAAAAGUUUUCCAGAAAUGGAUGUGGAAGCAUCUAUUUCUAGUAAAAAAGCUGAAAAAUCUGGUAACAGGUUGGCCAAUAAACCUCGCGGGUUCUGGAAUUUCAUGACACGUAAUUUAAGCAGGAGAGAGCCUACAAUAGCAACACGAGAUCAAAAUGUUGAUUCAUCUAAAUUGGGGACUGACGAGUCUAAUUCAAAUGAGAGGCACAGAUUUGAGCAUUUGAGGAAUGAAUUAAUUGAACUUGAGAGGAGGGUACAACGAAGCACCGAUGAUGCUCAAAAUGUGGAGCUAUUAAACUGUAAUUCAAGUAGUUCAGGUGCAGUCGAAACAGUCCUUGAGCCUGAAUCGGCUGUAGCUGGAGAUGCUACCACGUCAGGCAAAAGGAAAUACAACUUAGUUCCAUUACAAAAGAAGGACACUGGCCUUGCCAAAUCAUUUCAAAAGAUCAAGGAAACUAGUGCGGAUGUGUGGCAGGGAACUCAGUUGUUAGCCAUUGAUGUAGUAGCUGCCUUGGUUUUAUUGAAAAGAACAAUAACAGGAGAUGAACUCACAGAGAAGGAAAAGAAGGCUCUCCGAAGGACUUUGACUGACUUGGCAUCUGUUGUCCCUAUCGGUUUUCUCAUGCUUCUACCUGUCACAGCAGUGGGCCAUGCAGCCAUGCUUGCUGCAAUUCAGAGAUACGUGCCUUCUCUGAUUCCAUCCACCUACGCCCGAGAUAGGCUAGAUCUCUUGAGACAACUUGAGAAAGUGAAGGAGUUGGAGGCUGGCGAGGAGGGGGACUCCGAGGAAGGCAUGCAUGCGGUUAGUUCCACCAGCAGCAGCAGGGGCAAUCCUGAAUAGCGUGCUGUAAGUUUCGGGUUAUUGUAGCGGUGCCGUAGAUGGUGAUUUGACUGCUGCACUGCUGCUGCCGCUUGGAAAGUGAAAAUUGGUAAAUUUAUCAAUCACUUAACAAAACUAUUGUAAACAUAGAUAUUGUGAAAUUUAUAUAUAAUUUUUCUUGGUCUCAUUAUAGUUAUUUCUAGCGCAUUGUUUAUUGCUGUAUAUUAAACUUAAAUUCUGAAUACUUAGUCAUUAAGGACAUAUAUGCAGGAGCUGUUAUUUGUGCUCAAACACAAGAUGAUUUGACCAAGUUUUUUCCUAUUUAAAUUGGAUUACAUCAGGGAUUAACCUUAA